AUGCCGCACAAAGUCUGUCUCGUAGGGUCUGGCAACUGGGGCUCAGCCAUCGCCCGGAUCAUCGGCGAGAACACGGCGAAGCUCCCCACUACGUUCGAACGCGACAUCAACAUGUGGGUCUUCGAAGAGCACGUGGACGGCCGCAAACUCACGGAGAUCAUCAAUUCCGAGCACGAGAACGUCAAGUACUUGCCCGGGUACAAGCUCCCCGACAACAUUAUCGCCGUGCCCGAUCUCUUGGAAGCUGUGCGUGACGCCGACAUUCUGAUCUUCUGUGUGCCUCACCAGUUCCUCGGCCGCAUGCUCGUGUCCAUGAAGGAGGAGGGACUCAAACCAGGCGCGAUGGCCGUGUCGUUGAUCAAAGGCAUUGACUUUGACGACAACGGCGUCGUGCUUGUGUCCGACCUCAUUCGCAAAGGACUGGACAUUGACUGCAGUGUCUUGAUGGGCGCCAACGUGGCGAACGAAGUGGCAGCUGGGGACUUUUGUGAGUCCACACUUGGCUGUGCGGAUCUGCGACAUGGUGCACUGCUGCGGGAGCUGUUUAACGCCCCCAUGUUCCGCGUGGACGUGGCGCUGGACCCGCACGGCGUGGAAAUGUGCGGCGCCUUGAAGAACGUGGUCGCACUUGGUGCUGGCUUUUGUGAUGGUCUCAAGUACGGUGGCAACACGAAAGCAGCGAUUAUCCGCAUUGGAUUGAACGAGAUGAAAAAGUUUUGUUUCAAGUAUUUUGAUGGGGUCAAGGAAGACACGUUUUUUGAAAGCUGUGGCAUUGCUGACCUGAUUACAACGUGCUUUGGUGGUCGUAAUCGCAAAUGUGCGGAAGCUUUUGUGACGGAGAAGAAGUCGUGGGAGGAGCUCGAGAAGACGAUUCUCAAUGGCCAGAUGCUGCAGGGGACGCUCACGGCUAAGGAGGUGUACGGCAUUUUGAAACAGCACAAUGCUGUGGACCAGUUCCCGCUGUUUGCGGCCAUCUACCGCAUUGCAUUUGAAGGAGCGGACCCUGCUACGAUCACACGGUUUUAG